ACAGCGGAUGUUUCCCAGUCGCAGUCACUUCCGGGUUGCUAACGGUUGGCAAACCGAAACAUUUUUGACAAUGACGACGCUUAUAUAGCUGAAAUUAAAAACUCAAACAUGCGUAGUCUAGUUUUAAUGGUCGUUUUCGCUCCUUGCUGGAUAAACGGGGCAAUAAAACCAAGAAGCCACACGGAGGAAAAGGAAGAACGGAGCCCCGAGUUUAACGCCCUGAAUUCCAUCCUAUCCGACUAUGAAGUGCUGCCUUUGUCAGGCUUACAGCUGCACUCUGUGAGGAAGAGGGACGUCCACACCCAUUCCCACCUGGAGCGCCUGGUGAGCUUCAGAGCCCUGAACAGAGACUUCCAGCUGUAUCUGACCACAAACACAGACCUGUUUACAGAAAAGUUUAAGGCUGUGAUUGUCGACAAACAUGGAAAAGAGAAGAACUUGGACGUUCCACUUCAGAAUUUUUUUACUGGGCAUGUCGUUGGAGAGGAGAAUUCUCGUGUUCAGGCACACAUAGAUGGAGAGGAGUUUUCUGCUCACAUUCUGACAAAUGAAGACGAAUACAACAUCGAGCCUCUCUGGAGGUUUACAGAUUCUUCAAAUGACAACAGAUUGCUGUUUUAUCGCUCAGAAGACAUUAAGAACCUGAGCCGCAUCGCGUCUCCCAAGGUUUGUGGUUACGUCCAUGCAGAGGCCAAGGACCUCCUACCUCAGAGCAGCAGGCGAAGCUGGGGAGAUCAGGAUGAGUCAGACAUUGAAAAUGAACAUCAUCACAGAGAAAAAAGACAAGCCCGUGACCAUAAGAAGAACACCUGCCCGUUGCUGCUUGUGGCGGACUACCGCUUCUAUGAAAUGAUGGGGCGGGGACAAGAGAGCGUGACUCUUAACUACCUGAUUGAGCUGAUCGAUCGAGUGGACGACAUUUACAGGAAUACCACCUGGGAUGAAGAAUACAAAGGCUACGGAGUCCAGAUUCACCAGAUAAUCAUCAAUAAGGAGCCAACAAAGCUUCCAAGUGGCAGCUCAAGCAGUGGGUGGGUCCAUUACAACAUGAAGGGCAGUCCUGUUAAUGGAAAAGAUGUGUGGGAUGUGAAGCGGCUUUUGGAGCAAUUUAGCGCAGACAUAGCCGACAACGCCUCUUCUGUGUGUCUGGCGCAUCUGUUCACCUAUCAGGAUUUUGAUGAAGGCACCCUGGGAUUGGCGUACGUCGCCCCGUCCAGAGCUCAAGCUUUAGGAGGCCUCUGCUCCAGACCUUAUUACCCUUCUGCUUCAUCCAAGAAGCCCAGUUACCUCAACACUGGCCUGACCAGCACCAAGAACUAUGGCAAAACCAUCCUCACAAAGGAGGCAGAUUUAGUCACCACUCAUGAACUGGGUCAUAACUUCGGAGCUGAACACGACCCCGAUAACAUCCCGUACUGUGCUCCCAGUGACGGCGAGGGGGGGAAGUUUGUGAUGUACCCCAUUGCCGUGAGCGGAGACCACGUCAACAACAAGCGCUUCUCCAACUGCAGCAAGAUCUCAGUUGGGAAGACACUGCGCUCCAAGGCCCCCUCAUGCUUCAAAGUGAGGAACAGCAAAGUCUGUGGGAACUCCCGCGUGGAGGAAGGGGAGCAGUGCGAUCCCGGGCUGCUUCAUCUCAACGAUGACCCCUGCUGCACUUCUGACUGCCAGUUCAAACCCACCGCCAAAUGCAGUGACAUAAACAGUCCGUGCUGCAAGAACUGUCAGUUUAAGCAGCGAGGGGAGCGAUGCCAGGAGCCCAUCAAUGCCAACUGUAAGGGCAUUUCUUUCUGCACAGGAAGCAGCAGCGAGUGCCCUCCCCCUGAAAAUGCUCCAGACAACACGGUGUGUGUCGACAACGGUCGAUGUCUCAAAGGAGAUUGUCAACCGUUUUGCGAGGCCGUACAGGGCCUUCAGUCUUGUGCUUGCAAUGAGACAGACAACUCCUGCAAAGUGUGCUGCAAGACCAAAGAUGGCUCCUGCUCUCCUUUCAUCCAGUCGGAUGACAGCUUUCUUUACCUGCGGAAGGGCAAACCCUGUACUGUGGGCUUCUGCGAUGGAAGUGGGAAGUGCAUGAAACAAGUCCAAGACGUUAUUGAAAGGCUGUGGGAUUUCAUCGACAAGCUGGACAUAAACACGUUUGGAAAGUUCUUGGCCGAUAACAUAGUGGGUUCCGUCGUUGUGUUUUCCCUCAUCUUCUGGAUUCCUCUCAGUAUUCUUGUUCAUUGUGUGGACAAACGUCUGGACCAGCAGUAUGAGGAGAGCAAAAGGGUCCUUUUAUAUCCUCCAAGUCAGAUGGUGGAGGUUUGUGGUAGAGCUCCAGCCGCAGGGUCAAGAAACGGCGAGCAGCUUCGAGCCAAUUCUGCCUCGGCGCAUCGUCAAGUAUCCCAUGUCCUUCGCUGGUCGGACCGCGCAAUCCUCCCAACAAGUUCCACAGCUGAGCCCCGCCUGGGACCCCUCAUCAGCCAGCAGCAGUACCCAGGACCCCGGCCCGAGCUACGCCACCACCCCGGACUGCGCCGCAAUGAUGCGAAUGGCCACCAUCCAGGAGGACACCAGCGACUCCCACCUGGGAGAGGAGGGCGAUUUCACAAUCGCAGGAGCCUCCUCGUCGGCUACGAAGUCCUCCUUCGAGGAUCUGACAGGACAGAACCUGAAAACAAAGGAGCGGUGGCGCCUCCAGAGGCAGGAAUGCAUUAACACUAAAGAGACGGAUUGCUGAGAGAAAAACACAUUUCUAUUCCACCACAGAUGAGAUAGUUUGUGGCUCCGAUUUUAAUUUCCUUUUCUCAUUUUCUGGUGAUGAUUCAAAUACUGCACAUUAACCUCUUGCUUUACUUGUGCCUAUUUCCUUCAGCUCAAGACUUGAAAUAUCUAAGAUGUGUUUUUUUUUGGACAGAAAACCAAACAUUUUUUAAACAUUGUUUUUUUAAGGGUUGAUGCUGUUGGCUACAUAAGUCCAUGAAUACUUUCUUCUAUAGUUUCUGGAUCAUGUCACCCAAAUGUUAAGCAGAAAGUAUCUUGAGGUAAUCACUUUGUAACCCAUUUCCAUUACUGAUUUGUUUUAAGUGCCUCUUUUGCACAAUUUCCUGCUAUCUCACUAACUGCAUCAAAAUAAGCUUAUAGUAGGUCAAGAAAAUCCCAAUUUCAGGUCUGUAUCCAUGAGAAACAUCUGAAUAUUUGUGUGCAUCUCCUGUUGGUUUUAUAUUUGUAAAUGUUUCUUUGAGAUCUUCAUUAAAUACACUUUUCACAUUAAAAAAA